CGAUGACAAGCAAAAAGAAAAAAAAAAUUCCGAAAAGGGAAAUAUCAGAGGAUUCCAGGCCGCAGGCCAGCAUCGCCACUUUCCAGAUGUAUCAGACCAAGAAAGCAGGAAGCAUGGCACUUUGAGCGUCCAGCUAUCAAAACCAUCCACCCAAUCCCUUUUUUUUUUCCUAGUCCAAACAACAUCGCACCUUCCCGCAUCCCAUCUGGAAAUCCUAUACAUAAACGCGGAUCAAGACUCAACCCGCUAAUCAACCUCGCAGAUACCCCACUACAUCCAUCAUCCUCCCAAACAGAGUGAAAGCUUUUUUUCUAUCUCCAUCAGUGACGAAAAGAACCCAAGCCAACCAGCCAUUUUGCCCGUAUUAGCCCAAAAAGCAAGGUCGACCCCCUUAAAAAUGGCUUCAACGAUCACCCUCCCCGCCGACACGAUCGACGAUCUCAUCUACGACGCCCGCUCCGGCGAUCUGGCCGCCCUCAAGGAGGACCUGACGGCCUGCAGCGCCCAGUUCCCGGACGUCUCGCUGGGCGCCGUCGUGGCCGCCGCCAUCGACGCCGCCCCGGAGGCCGAGGGAGGCAGCGGAUCCAGCCUGUUGCAUUUCCCGGCUGCGAAUGGGAAUAUCGAAAUCCUCACCUACCUGCUCACCCUCCUCGCGACGGAGGAGGAGUCGACGCGCCGCCGCAUCGUCAACCACCGCAACCACUCCGGCAACACGCCGCUGCACUGGGCGGCGCUGAACACGCACCUGGACUGCGUCAAGGCGCUCGUCGAGGCCGGCGCCGACAGCUCCGUCAAGAACGACGCCGGCCUCGAUCCCGUCUUCCUGGCUGAGCGCGCGGACUGGUCGACGCAGGAGGAGGGAGGUGCUGCUGCUGCUGAGGCUGAGGCGGAGGCGGAGGCGGAGGCGGACGCAAAUGCGGCGGCUGAUCCCGGGAAGAUGUCCAAGGGACGGCAGGUCGUGGAGUGGAUGUUGAGCGCCGAGGUGGCUGCUGCUGGUGGGGAUUCGGAGACGGUGGUGGCCUCGGCUGGGGUGCCGGUUACUGGGAAUGGGGAUGAGUAAAAGAUUUGAGAAUCAGAGAUUAUUCCCCUUCUUCUCUCCUGUGAACUGCUUACAUGGUGUUUGUAUUUGAUUCUUUUUUUGUAUGGUUAAUCCCUAGGGUCUUCUUUGUUUGGUCGUGUUGUAUAGAAUUCUUCGUUGGUGUAUGUUUUAUACAGCGGGAAAAAAUGUUCAUUUUGGGGAU